AUGGAUAAAGCGGUACUAAAAUUGGAUGUUUGUUGUGAAAGAACCAAACAAAAAGCUAUGUCAACUGUCUGUUGUCUAUCAGGAGUCCAGUCGGUGGACGUUAAGGAAGGUAAACUAACGGUGGUUGGAGAGAUUGAUGCCUUUAUUAUUGUGAAGAAAUUGAAGAAGAUAUGUUAUACCGAGAUAAUCACUGUUGGGCCGGCUAAAGAACCUGAGAAGAAGCCUGAGCCGAAACCUGAUCCGAAACCACUACAAGUAAUUUGUCACUAUGUCCCCACAUGUUCUCCACCUUACUAUCAUAAUUUCAACGGAUGUGACGGUGAAAAUCCCCAUGGUUGGUAAUCUAAAAAAAAAAAAAAAGAAUGGACCAAGUCGGUGCCCAAUUCUACACUUAUCUGUCAUCAGCUUCUUUGUAGUCAUUGGUUUUGCUAUGUUGUUACUGUAAUGCUCUAAAAUUUGAUCCCACUUCAUAAUAUAUGGAAAUGUAUGUGGAAAAGAUUUUAAAAAUUGAUUUAAGUAUUGCGAUCAGAAUACAUUUAUUUUCGGUUAUUAGUCUUGAUAGAACUUUAAAGUUAGGUUCAUUUCAACAUGAAUAUUGCGAUCAAUGGUGAACUAUUGGGAAAUAUAUUUUUAGUACCGUGAGGUCAAAAAAUAGAAAGAAGAAUCUUUCGAGCCUUGCUUUUUUUUUUGAACAACUCUUUCGAGCCUUUCAAAUAAUGUCCCGGCUGUCAGACGAAGAUGAAACCCAUGGAGCGAAAGAAGAAUCAUGGAGCCCCCCUAACCGUAGGAGUUGAGGCAUUACAACAAUAUUGUUUGAAAGAAAAGAAAAUCAAAUAUUAAAAGUCAAAUCUUAGUGUCUGGAUUUAAACAUUAAUCUCAAAAAUCACGAAUAAGUUUUUUUUUUUCAAUUUUACUUUGAUAAUUUGUCCAAGUACAUGAUUGAUAAUGUUACCAGUCAAGUGGUUAACACGGCUCGGUUUCAGAAAUACCAAUGUUUGUGUACCGGUAUAUGAUAACAAAACAAUCUCCUGAGCCUCUUAAAAUAAGGUACCGGUCGUCGGUCGUCGGACGAAUAUGAAACUCACAGACCAACAGAAGUUUCAUGGAACCCACUAACCGUGGCAGCCAGACAUUACGACAAUAUUAUUUAAAAGAAAACAAAAUCAGAUAUUAAUUAAACCAAAUUUUUUUUUAUGAAAUAUAAUCUUAAUACCUGGAUAAUCCUGAGCUUCGUCAACUUCGCUCUCGCCUGAGCAGCUUUGAAGCUCCGACAGUUGAGGGCAAUCCUGAGCUGGAGAGAGCUUGGCGUCCAUGACGCCAUCGUAGAUGCCAUAGUUCGAAAAAUCGCAUCAACUGACAGAUUACAUGUUUGGUUUUGCUUUUGGUUCGAUGCCUUCAUAAACGAGACAAGAAAAAGUGAUACGAAAUGUUUCGUAUAAUUAUGGAAAUGGUCCUUGUAUUUAUCUACUACUUCCAACUUGUACCCAUCUUUAUUUAUCUUUGAUAUUGCACAAUAACAUCUUCUUCUGUUUGCUCAAAAAAAAAAAAAAACAUCUUCUUCUUUUUUUUACAAAGAGACCAGGCCCAUUGUAAUAUUGGGCUUCUCACUUAUACACAUGAUGAGGCUCUCAAGAGUUUGCGUGGCCAAUGAGUUGUGUCUGGGGGAGUAGUUUCUUUGGAUAAUGUGUUUAACGACUACCUUUUUUGUCUGUUUUUUAUAUAAUAUCUUACUUUAUUCCACUUUAAAAGAGACCAAUAUAUUAAAAAUUAAGACGGAAAAAGUUGGUGGCAUGACGAUAUCGUUCUACGAGUUGAAACAUUGUAGCAGUUACCGUGUAGAAAAUUGGUGCCAUAAACACACUGCUUAGACCAUCUC